AGGGACCUCUCCACCACAAAUCAUUCCAAAUCUUUUAUCAGAUACACAGCUGUUUGAUGGCGGUCUGACAAAUAUUUACAUAACGCGUUUCCGUUCCGAGUUAGAAGUGGAAGAGAUAGUCCGACGUUGGUGCAACACAUUGCAGGUGACAUUUGAUAUCCUGGCACUUGAGUUCUGGAGUUGUUUUUUGUUGUUGUGUCAAAAUUUCGCAGAAAGUUCUAAAAGUGAGUCGCUUUCCGUGGAAGUGGAGGGAGACUUGUUGCAGGACUUCUCACUGCUCCCUGCUGCUGAUCAGCCAUUGUGGACGUCGGAAAGGGGCAAGGUCUAGUGUAUCUGUCCGUCGGCUACAGCCUUAGCCGUGUUUAUGAAAGGAGCUGCUGAAGAACACUUGGAGGAGCCAUGAGGCUGCUGGCCCGGGACGAAUCUGACUGCCUACCACCGGAAAUCGAUUCGUAUCAUCUUAUUUCAUGUUUUUCCGAGGGUUUGUAAACACACCUCUGCGUGACAUUUGUAGCAUUUUUUUUUAAUGCGCGAACUCCAAAAAUGAGCAGAUAGCUCACUUGUUGCGGAGGUUUGGGAUUAAAUGUAGCUGGAGGAGAAGAGAAUAAACGUCCUACAGCACUUUGUCCUGUAUUCCUUCCUGUCGGAGGAAGUUGUUUGGCUGUUUUCUGUCACCGCUUCUUCAUCACUGCGCAACAUCCACAGACAGCACAUCAUGACAAAGAUGGCAUCCAAGCAACCCUGGACUCAGAUCGGGAUCACAUUAUCGUCCUUAUUCUUCCUGAUCCUGUGCAGCUCAGCGGCUGAUGUUCCUGAGGAAGAAGGCUUCAGUGCUGAGGCGUGGCUUCGUAAGUUCGGCUACCUGUCUCAGGCGAGCAGUCAGAUGUCCACAAUGCAGUCGGCUCAGAUUCUGUCCAAAGCCAUCAGCGACAUGCAGCACUUCUAUGGCCUAGAGGUGACUGGAGAGAUGGACCCUGCUACUGUUGUGGCCAUGCGUCGGCCUCGCUGCGGCCUCCCAGACAGAAAAGCGGAGGAGCGGAACGAUGGCGCGAGGAAGAAACGCUACACUCUCACUGGACAGCAGUGGCACAAAGACCACAUCACUUACAGUAUAAUGAAGCAGAACAUCCCCUCCUCGCUGGGUGAGGAGCGGGCGUACGAUGCUAUCCGCAACGCCUUCGACGCAUGGAGACGGGUCACGCCGCUCACCUUUGAAGAGUUACCUGCUGAAAACAACAUCAGCAUCAACAGUAGCCAGGCAGAGCUCGCUGACAUCCUGUUGUUGUUUGCCUCUGGUUUCCAUGGUGACAUGUCAUUGUUUGAUGGUGAGGGAGGGUCGCUAGCACAUGCCUACUACCCCGGACCAGGAAUAGGUGGGGACACGCACUUCGAUGCUGAUGAGCCUUGGACCCUGGACAACCAAAACCCAAACGGUAUUGACCUCUUCCUGGUUGCGGUCCAUGAGCUUGGUCAUGCUUUGGGUCUGGAGCAUUCAGAUAACCCCAGCGCCAUAAUGGCUCCUUUCUACCAGUGGAUCCAAACGCACAACUUCACGCUACACGUAGAUGAUAUCAAAGGAAUACAGUACAUAUACGGUCCCCCUAUCCUUAGUGAUCCUCCACCCACUUCUCCUCCCACCCGUGACGACAAACCCAACGAUGGCUCCCCCUCUUCCCCUUCUCCACCCGAAGAUGAACCCACCUCCACUUCUCCCAUCGACACCCCACCCAAAUUGCCCAACCCGACCGACGGCAGCCCACAUCCCCCAGCCCAGCCGGAGCCAAGUCCCAGCCCUACCUCAUCUCCUGUGCUCCCCACCGACUCCCAGCCUGAGCCGGAACCUGUCACCCCGCACGUCAGAAAAGAUGCCCCCCGUACAUCGCCUCCUCCUCGGCGCCCUGCUCCUCCUCGACCUCCCAAGCUGCCGGAUAACCAGGCCCCCGAUAUCUGCGAUGGGAACUUUGACACGGUGACCAUGCUGAGGGGAGAGAUGUUUGUUUUCAAGGGUCGCUGGUUCUGGCGUGUGCGGAGGAACCGGGUCUUGGAUAACUACCCCAUGCCGAUAUCCGUCUUCUGGAUCGGCCUCCCUAGUGACAUCGAUGCAGCCUACGAGCGCCACGAUGGCAAAUUUGUCUUCUUUAAAGAUGAUAAAUACUGGGUGUUCAGGGAGGCUGACGUGCUGCCGGGAUAUCCACAGCCCCUACAUGGGUACGGACAAGGAGUUCCUGCACAUAAGAUUGACACAGCAAUCUGGUGGGAGCCCAACCAAUACACGUACUUCUUCAGUGGAGACAGAUACUGGCGAUACAAUGAGGAGACUCGGACCACUGACCGCGACUUCCCCAAGCCAAUCAACAGAUGGGGCAGGAUCCCUCCGUCACCCAAAGGAGCCUUCCUCAGCGAUGACGGCGCUCACACCUAUUUCUACAAAGGCACCAAUUACUGGAGGUUUGACAACCGCAAGACAGAAGCAGAGAAAGGCUACCCUCGCUCCAUCCUGAAGGAUUUCAUGGGCUGUGUGGGAGCCGCUGACCCUAAGCCCGAUACAGACACUGAGCAGGAACCGAAAGACAAACCAGUCGACCCCUCAGACCGAGGCAAAGAUAAGCACAAGGAGCCAGACAGGGGCCGGGACCAAGACACAAACCCAGAGGAAGACCAAACGUCUCAGCCUGACAGCACGGAGAAGGAGAGGGACAGAGAGGUGGAUGUGGUUGUGACGGUGGCCGACAAUGAAUCAAAGGUUAUGACCCUGAUCAUGGUGAUUGUUCCUCUGGUCCUUAUCCUGUGCAUCCUUGUCCUAAUCUACGCCAUCCUCAGGACUCUGCAGAACAAAGAGACGCCGAGGGCCUUGGUGCACUGCAAACGUUCGUUGCAGGACUGGGUGUGAGGCACAGUAUUAGACGAGAUAGAGCAGGUAUCCAUCAAUUUCAUUUGCGUCAAAAUUUGUACUUUACGGCACAGAAGUUUUGACGCAGUACUAAAGAAAGCCGAGGACGAGUCCCCGUUUUGUGCCCCAUUCAUUGUGAGAACUUUUAUUGCUCAUCUGAAAGAAUGCAAACUGUGGAGCUACAGUCUACGUUUCCCUCUACUGGCCUUAAAGUUUUCCUCCUGUGUCUUCUAAAUGUCUCAAAAGGUAUCUUUAUUUCUUUAAAAAAAAGACACAUCACAUACUAGGAAUGUUCCCUUUUCUAUUAAUUGUAAUUGUACAGAGGUGAGACAGUAGUACAUAUAGUAGUAUAAAUGCAGACAAAGUUGAUAAUGCACAUUCAUUAUACAGAAGCACACAUACUGUACGUACAUACAAACAUGAGUGCUUAUAGCUAUACAAAAACACAUGAAUUAAUAUGAAUAAGUCUUCCAUGUGAUUGACUAUGGUGCUUUAACCAAUCUCGCCAUUUUUCUUAUUUUAGAACAGAUGUUUUGCACUUUUGAUUCUGUUUACUGUUGUCUUUGUUUUGCUGAGGUUGCUUCAUUGUGUGUGUGUGUGUGUGUGUGUGUGUGUGUGUGUGUGUGUGUGUGUCUGUUCGUGUGUGUUUAUUAAACUCACAGACACUAGCAGAAAAAUAUUGUUCUCCGGCCAGCACAGGAAUGUCAGACAGCUGUGCGUCCAUGAUUCCCACUGAGCCCAUUAUGUCUGCCCUCCCUCACACACAUGCAAAAAUGUCACAUGAUCUCCAAAAUAACUGCACUCAUUGGGGCCUGCAUGUCCACAUAUGCACACACACACAAACCCCCCCACACACACAACACCAAGACAUAGAGACCACUUACCCAAACAAAGGCACAUACAGUUUUGCACACAGACACAAGGGCUCCAGCCUCCCCCCCUCCUACCACAGCCACGGUAACUGUUCCUACUAGACCACUAAAACACACUAUCCCAGUGGAGACAUAUUGAUAUAUGUCUGGUGCCAGGGCUUGAAUGAAAUAAAAGUAUUUAUUCAGAUUUAACUAGAAGAGUUGAAAAGUGAAACGUUUUUAGGUAGGUAUUUAGGUUCUUAUUUUUUUUUUUUUUUUACUAAUUCUGUCCAUCUUAGAUGGACCUGUGAAGAGGAAACCCAUAGCAGCAGUUUCCAUCUUUGUGUAUUUACUCUUCUUUUUCCAUGCUAAAGCUAAGUAGACUUAAAGCUAAUUAACUGUACAAAGGAGAAGCCUGCAGGCGUGAGAGUCAUGGGUAAGCGUCUGGUUUCCAUUAAGGCCACAUGGGUUGAUUUAGUAGUGUCAGGCAUGAGGAGGGGGUGAGAGGGGAGUUGGGGAAAAUGCAAAAAGAAGGAGUUAUAAAAAGGAGUGGGGAGGUAAAGAGAAAUGAGAGAAUAAAAUGACAAGGGAAAGAAAGAAACUGGGGGACAGAUUGAGGAGAGGAGAGGGUGGGUUGCCAGAAUUUCCUUUCCAGUUUUCUCUGAAAAAGGAGGAGCGAGGGAAAGAGCGACGAAGGAUCUGGGGGAGGGGCAGCGCUGGCGUUGCGCCUCCUGACCUAGAUAGGGACACUAAGUCCACUCCUCCUUCUCAAGUCUUGUUAUUUUUGCUGUGCUUGUUGUCAUGAGUUAGAGAUGACUUCCUCUGCGAACCCCUCCUUUCUUGCUCAUCUAUCUUUCUCUCCAGUUUUCCUUUUGUUUUCCAUUUUGUCCUUUACUCCCUGGUGUAUUCAUUGUCUUCUCCUCUCUACUGGAAAGUUAGCUCAAGCAUUAAAAAAGGUACUUAAUGCGCAUAAACACCUGCAGAAAGUCUCCCACUAUUCUUACUCAUUAGCUUCUGCUUUAGGUCUGUGCCUUUACAUUGUUUGCCUGUAUUUUGUGUUUGCCAUUGUGCCUUUGUUAUGUGAAUAUUGGGGGGCAUUUUAAAAAAAAUACAUAAAUAGCAUGAGGGAAUGUUUUUUAUAAAUGUGUUUCUCUUUUACCUUACUUUUUUAGUUUAGUUUUGUAAAUGUUGUUACUGUUGAGACUUUCUGUAAGACCAACAGUAGAUUAUGACAAUGAUGAUGCAUGCAGGGCAUGUUCUGUAAGGCCUGGGCACUCCUGUGUAGAGACAUUAAAGAUUUCACAAUAAAACUUACAAGUAAAAGAAUCA